CUCCCUGUGCAGCCAAGAUGAAGUUCAAUCCGUUUGUGACCUCUGACCGCAGCAAGAACCGCAAGAGGCACUUCAAUGCCCCUUCCCACAUCCGCAGGAAGAUCAUGUCCUCUCCCCUCUCCAAGGAGCUGCGCCAGAAGUACAACGUGCGCUCCAUGCCCAUCCGCAAGGACGACGAGGUCCAGGUUGUCCGAGGACACUACAAGGGGCAGCAGAUUGGGAAGGUGGUGCAGGUGUACAGGAAGAAAUACGUCAUCUACAUCGAGCGAGUGCAGCGUGAGAAGGCCAACGGCACCACUGUCCACGUGGGCAUCCACCCCAGCAAGGUGGUGAUCACCAGGCUAAAGCUGGACAAGGAUCGCAAGAAGAUCCUGGAGCGCAAAGCCAAGUCUCGGCAGGUUGGCAAGGAGAAGGGCAAGUACAAGGAGGAGACAAUUGAGAAGAUGCAAGAGUAGGAGGUUCCUGCUUGACACCAUUAAAGAACUGAAAAAAUCCAA